GUUUAACAAACCAACUGUUUUCCUCAACAUUAGGGUACAUGCUUGUUAAAUGAUUUUAAUCUCAGUCGAAGGAAUAAUGAAGGCAGUGGUUUUCUUUAUGUUAUCAUUUUUCGCAGCAACAUCUUCGAUUACUUCUGAUGAAUCGACAGGCGUAUCUACGUCUGUGGUCACUCCAACAGAUUCGGCUGUAACAUUUUCUACGUCUGUGGUCACUCCAACAGUUUCGGCUGUAACAUUUUGUACGUCUGUGGUCACUCCAACAGUUUCGGCUGUAACAUUUUCUACGUCUGUGGUCACUCCAACAGUUUCGGCUGUAACAACUGAAACACAAAGCUCAACACAGUCCGAGGAAGCAACUUCGAGUCCAUUAUCGGUUGUAUCUAGAAAGUCAGUGCCAGCAUCAGUCAUAGCGGGUCCUAUAGGUGUAAUUAUCUUUAUAGUCGUGGUAACCAUUGGACUGGUGGUCUUUUUCAGGCAAAGGAAACGGCGUUAUGACGCGAAGUAUAUAUGUAAUAUCCAUUAUAACCAAGCCUAUGAUGAACAUGGUGCACCGUCUGCAGACAACGUGUCGGCUUCUUCCAAAGAUAGUGGAUUUGGUAAACAUGAAUCUGUGGAAGGCGAAAUGAUGGAUGGCGAUUACAACACAUUACGGCUACACUUUCCUGUGAACAACGGACCACAAGGAAACACGUCCAACCGCAUGGACGAAUAUCUUACUGCUGAUUCGACGUAUUCGCAUAUUCCUAGCUCUAAAGAAGCCUUGUUCGACAAUACAUACUCUCACAUGUCCAAUGUCGCACCUGGUAAGAAACUAAAGCCACAAGGCAUCGAUACAACAUACAACCACUUGGGAAAGUCUAAUUCUAGCAAACUUAAAGUCAGAACAGAAGAAACAAGCAACGACACAUACAGCCACGUACAAAUGAAUCCUUUUCGUCCAGCGGCAGACCAAGACGACCAGGACGAUAAUUAUUCACACAUUAACCAAGCUGGAUUGAAUGCCCAAAUGCCAAACGCAGUAAAACAACGUGCUGUUGCGAAGGAAUCGAUGAAUACAAAUGCCGAAUAUGCUGAGGUGAAUUAUGUAGAUAUGCUCAUUGACAAAGGGAAGAAACAGCAUGAUGAUGCUCAAGCUGAAAAAGCUUCUACGACGACUGCAGAGGAUGAGAACGAAUAUGAAGGUCACACUUAUUUUGUUCUGGAGUCCAAUACUGGCCAGCAUCCUAAACAAGCUCGAUACGACUAUGAAGAAGUGGCAACGCCAGAUAAAGACCAUACCGAGUUCCAGGUUGUUGACUCCCCAAAGGAUACACAACACGAGUACUUUGUCAUUAAGCCUAGUAAAUGAAUUAUGAAUGUUACACAAAGACAAUUCAUCAAUGAAAGUUUACACAUUGUAGAAUCGUUACGCAAAACAAAGAGUUAUAAUCACGACCAAGGGCUCUUUUCAAUAAACACGAUAUGUCAUACAUACAACUGGAUAGCUGGGUCUCAGGCGUCUCAAAUAAAAUAUAAUUGGUCAGAUUUUUUUUUCUAUAUGUGUAUUAAAUUCUAUCUUUUACAUACGAGUGUUUUACGCAUUCCUUUCGCGGUAUCGAAUGAUGUAAAUGGGAUUGAAAGUACUCUUUGUAUGUAAGUAAGGGAAUGAGAGAUUACUAUAAAUAGCACGUGUUGUACUUAUUGUACCAUUGACUGGUUUUGACACUUGCAUGUUUACUAAGCAAUUUUAACAGUUUUUUUGUGUGUGAAAAACAAAACUAAUAUGUAUAAUCUAACGUAUGCUUUGGGAAGAAUGAGUUACAUCUUUCAUAUGUGUAUAUUAUUACGUUUGUGUAUGUCUAUUGAUGGAAUGAUGUUUAGUUUAGCAACUAACAUGUUUAUGAUUAAUGUACUUAAUAGUAUGGUCGCUAUUCGUUGCCAAAAGCCCAGACGUGUAUGUGUGUAUUUUAGGUUUGUAACAUUGAUGAUUUACCAAUUUACAUUUUACAACCGCCAACUCAUCGGUUGUAUGUUAACAUUUUACACUGCACAUUCUCAUUUUUCAUUGUACCGAUUGGAGUUUUAUUCUCGUUGCAUCUAUUCAACAGACGAUUCAGUCGUGUUUAUAAAGUUGUGUAUGUUAAACACACGUCAUUCUGUGAAAGUCACGUGCCGAGUUUUACAUUGCGGUGUGUAGAAGACAGAUUUCAGUUCGUAGUUCUACAAAGUACAUUGUAUGGUGGUGACUUUUCAUUCGCAGUUGAACAUGUUUACGAGAUGAAUUUAAUUUUAUUUAUAGAUAGCUCCGCCUUAACCGUGUCUUAACUCCGCCUUAACCAUGUCUUUACUCCUCCUUAUGGCUUUCGGAAAUUUCCGCUAUCACUCGGCUCUAUUUAAACCAAUUAUGGAUACUUUGGACCAUGGACAUUGCGAACCUUAUUAUGGACAUGACGAAUCAUCUAUAUUAUGACACUAUGGACUAUGAUUUGGAAACAGGAUGGAUUAUAAAUUAUUUCAUGUCGAAUAAAAUAAUAUGAUAUUACAACAUGUUUUUGUCUAUAUAAUA